AUGCAGGUGACUUGCAUUUUGAGGUCUGGGUUGCUGUGUGUCAUUCUGUCGCUUGCCAUUGCCAAGCACAAGUCAGCUUCCCUCGCCAGAAGUUGUUCCCCGAGGGGAACGCUGUCCCAAGCUGUCGACACACUCUAUCUCAAGGUGGCAUGGCUCAAAGCAACGAUUCCCGAAGACAGCAUAAAAAACAUACGAUUAUUAAAGAAGAAAACAAAAAAGCUAUUUAUGAAAAACUGCAGAUUUCAAGAACAGCUUCUGUCCUUCUUCAUGGAAGAUGUUUUUGGUCAACUCCAAAUGCAAGUUUGCAAGCAAAAAGACUUUGUGGAAGAAUUUCAUAGCCUUAGGCAGAAAUUGAGCCGUUGUAUUUCCUGUGCUUCAUCAGCUAGAGAGAUGAAACCCAUUACCAGGAUGAAGAGAACAUUUUAUGGGACUGGAAACAAAGGAAUCUACAAAGCCAUCAGUGAACUGGGAAUUCUUCUUUCUUGGAUUAAACAAUUCCUGGACAGUGUUAAGUAAUGCAAGAAGCUAAGUGUAUUGAUUUGAUGGUUAUUUUGAAAAAUAAUGAGAACAACCAGAAUUAAGUUUGUAACAGUGUAUUUCUUUUUAAAAGUUUUGUACAGAGUACUGACAGCAAGUUAGAUGAUUCAAACAGACUAGAGGAAUUUAACAUAAGAAAGUUUGGAGUUAAGUAAAUUGUUACUGAUAUGUACGUUUUUCUGUAUUUUCAAAAAAUGCUUUCAUCUUGACCAUGUUUUGUUAUUCCUGAGUACAUUGUAUAAUUUUAAUGUAAAGGUGUAUAACCAAAAUUAACACGUAAUAUUUGUGUAGGGAAAAUGACAGAUUUCUGGGAUACAAUAUAAUGUUAUUGAGACUUAAGUAAAUGCUGUGUGCAUGAUUAUUGUCUACUUAAGGGUUUGAUGAUUAUGAAUUAUACUCAGGGUGAAUUUUGAUUUUAAUUAAAUUUUUAAAUAAACUGUGUGUUUCUUUCCCCUGCAUGUCCUUUCUGUGACAGCAUG